GGAGUGGGCUUGGGGGGCAUCAGGUGGGGGGAAAAGCCAGCGGGGAGGUGACACUCCCCAGCCCUCAUGGCCGAGGCCCCGGGGCGCCAGGCUCUGGGGGGGCUGUGGCUGGGGGGGGGCGCGGCCCUGGGGGUGCUGGCAUGUGUCAUCGCCCUUAUGGCCCAGCAGGCCCACCUGGGAGCCCUGCGGGGGGAACUGACCCAGCUCCGGGGGGAGCUGGCGGCCGCCAGGAGGGGAGAGACCAGGCCCCCUGGAGAGAUGCAGGGGCCCGGGGAGCUGGAGCCCCCCCUGGCUGCGGGGGGCCAGGCCCCCAUGGUUUGGCGAAGGGGGAAAAGGGGCUCUGAGGGGAAGUCAAGGCAGCAGGACCAGCGGCACCAACACAGGAAACGCUCGGUUCUGCACCUGGCCCCCAGCCAUCGCUCCACCAACAAUGAGGGGGACAUGACUGAGAUCUGGUGGCAGCCUUUCCUGCAGCAGGGCCCAGCACUGGAAGUGAGUGGUCCGGACGUGGCCGUGAAGCAGACGGGAUUGUACCUCGUCUACAGCCAGGUGCUGUUCCACGACCCCACGUUCACCAUGGGACAGGUGCUGUGGCGUGCGUCGGCCGGGGGGCCAGGGCAGAUCCUGCUGCGGUGUGUCCAGAGCAUGCCCCGUGAGCCGGAGCAGGCGUACAACAGCUGUUACAGUGGAGGCGUUUUCCAGCUGCAGCGUGGGGACCAGCUGAGUCUCCGGGUGCCCCGGGCCAACGCGUCGCUAGAUCUCAGCCCGCAUGGGACGUUCCUGGGCCUGGUCCGCCUGUAGAGGGCCGGCCACCCCCCCGCCCCCAGGAGAGGAAGGGACCCAGGCGUCCGGGGAGCUGCAGAGGGACUUGGCUAGAAAAGGGACCCAGGCGUCCGAGAAGCUGCAGAGGGAAUCAUCCGGAAGGGACCCAGGCAUCCGGGGAGCUGCAGAGGGAAUCGUCCAGAAGGGACCCAGGCGUCCAGGGAGCUGCAGAGGGACUUGGCCAGAAGGAACCCAAGCGUCCGGGGAGCUGCAGAGGGAAUCGUCCAGAAGGGACCUGGGGAGCUGCAGAGGGACCAGGCCAGAAGGGACCCAGGCAUCCAAGGAGCUGCAGAGGGACUCGGCCGGAUGGAUCCCAGGGGACCUGCAGAGGGGAGCUGCAGAGGGACCUGGCCAGAAGGGACCCAGGUGCCCGGGAAAAUCCCAGGGCUGUGAUUUUGGGGUCUCAUCAUUGGGGCGGGUGCAGGACUCCACCCUGACCACCAGGGGGCACCCCCGAGGACAGCCUGAACCUAACCAAAACUUUGUGAAGGUGGCGAAUGGGGCAUGGUGAACAAACAUGCCCAGGGGAUGGGCGACUGGGAGCCCGGACUCCUGGGUUCUCUCUUCAGCUCUGAGUGGGGUCUAGUGGCUUGGAACAAGGGCAGGGGAGGAGCCAGGACUCCUGGGUUCUUAUUUGGCUUUGUCCGAAGCCCGGCAGCGACAGGGAUACAGACCACUCGGCCGGUCUGGGAGGAAGGGACCCAGGCAUCCGGGGAGUUGCCAAGGAACUCAGCUGGCCUGGGAGGAGC